AUGCUCAUUCUGACCUCCCUUCUCGCUGGGCUAGGCGCUUCCUUGACAUCAGCUCAAACAUUCACCAAGCCAGUUCCAUCAUAUUCUGCCACAUACCUUCCUUACAACACUCCACAGCAUUCGGAGCAAGGUCAAUACGGAACCAACGAGUGUGGGACUCAGAGCUCCCAAGACAGCGUGUGUCAGAAUUCUUAUCUAAGCACGCUCGAUGAUUUCUGUCUCUGGGCACCCCCAUCGACGAAAUCACAGUAUGGUAAUUCUUCUAUCGGAAAUACAGAACGUAUCGAAGUAGCUUGGUGCCUCCGCAGUGGUUACGGCACUCGUUUAAUUCCUCCUGGAGCCAUUACGGGUGCUCAUUUUAUCCAAACUUCAAAUUAUCUCCAGGUCACUGGGGUAGGUGACCUCACGAAGUUGAAUAUUCCGGCAGGAGAUACCGGCGGGGAACUUGACCCUCAUGGUGCUGACGGUCUUGGAAAUCCAAUCGGUGGUCUCGUCUUUGGUUAUGGGAAUGGUGGCGUUUUGCGUCAGUACCAUGAAUGGACCAACUUUAUGGGCGCAAACUACUUUUGUUUCCGCGUCUGCAUCGACGAGCCUGGCAACACUCAGUAUUGCGGACACAUUUACGAUGUCCUUGGAUGUGGUUGGAACAUGCCAGGGAAUUAUUCCCAGGGGUUCUCCAGUUGCAAGGGUGACUCGACCCUUCCCAUGGGCAUAUACGUUAGCAACGGCGUGACAUCCACCUUCCACCAGGGCGAACCCGUCACGCCUUCAGCUCAUCCAGCAGGAUCAUCUUCUGAAUGUUCCUACUACGCUACACUCCCCAACGUCAAUUCACCCGCUCCCACUCCCACUCAGAGUCUGUUUAAUAGCAGCGCUAGCAUCAGCUUGUCAAGUGUUAGCGUUGCCAGUGUUUCUAGUGUGGGGACUGGCAAUCCAAGCCUUAGCACCAUCACAAGCAAGCCUUCGAGCAGUGGGACGGGACCAUCCAGCACGUCUAGGAGCUCGAAGGGUGAAGCCGCGCCUUUGCUAGCUGCCAUGGGCUUAAGCGGGCUCUUGAGUGCCGCUAUGCUCCUUGGUGCUUCGUUUGUUCUUGUUCUUUGAGCUCGCAGUGCUAUCUUCGUCCAAGGGUAUCUAUGGCCCUUUUUUUAAAACGUGAUCGUAAAUAUCCAUCAUAUUUAUUCGGUCUCCUGAGGUAUUCUGGUUUUGCGGUUUCUGGACACGAAGGUUUCCAACAUUAUAUCCUGACUAGACAUCUUUCUUCAUUUCGCCUCGUAUAUCUAAAGUGUAUACACAUCUUUGACCGCGUCGUGCUUACGUUAUACUUAGAUGACAGCUACUUCGCCAAAGUCAUGUUGCCGUAAGUGAUGCCAAGACUGAGUCACGUC